GCCCCCGCGGGGAAGCUGGGAGGUCCGAGUCCUGGGAGGUGGGGACCCGGGGGAGGUGGCGGUCCGGAGUCUAGGCGACGGGGCCGAUAGGUGGCGGGAGGGGGCCGGGCCGGAGCCGGCGGGAGGGCCAGGCCCGGAGGCCCCCACCGUGGCGUGGUCGCCCCAGCCGCGGCUGAGGAGGAGGAGGAUGAUUUCCAGAUAUACUCGGAAGGCCGUGCCACAGAGCUUGGAGCUGAAAAGAAUAACAAAACAUGCUCUUAAUCAUCAUCCCCCUCCAGAGCAACUGGAUGAAAUUUCCUAUACCAGUGACAACCAUGAAAAAGACACAAGUUCUCAAAGUGAAUCUGACAUCACACAAGAAUCACCUUUUACAUCAUCUGACACUGGGAAUUCAAGGUCUGCUUUUCCAAGUUACACAGGCACAGGGAUUUCUACUGAAGGCAGCUCCGACUUCUCCUGGGGAUAUGGUGAACUUGAUCAAAAUGCCACUGAAAAAGUCCAGGCAAUGUUCACAGCCAUUGAUGAGCUCUUAUAUGAGCAGAAAUUGAGUGCGCAUACAAAGAUUCUACAAGAAGAGUGCCAACAGUGGAUAGCUAGCUUUCCUCACCUCAGGAUUCUAGGUAGGCAGAUAAUCGCGCCAAGUGAAGAUGAGGGCUUUUAUCCUAGAUCCCCUACUGUUUCAGCUUCAUAUGAAGCAACCUUGUCUAAAGAAAGAGAUUCUACUAUAUUUGGUAUAAGGGGAAAGAAGUUACGUUUUUCAUCUUCUUAUGCUCAUAAAGCAUUUCCCAUUGCCAAAUCCCCCAGCUUGUAUUCUAUGGAAAGAGAAGAGGAAGACUGUAUAAUUUCGGAAGGAAUAAUUGAGGAAUACCUAGCAUUUGACCACACAGAUAUGGAAGAGGGAUUUCAUGGAAAGAAAUCAGAAGCAGCUACAGAGAAACAGAAAUUAGGGUAUCCUCCCAUUGUUCCAUUUUACUGCAUGAAAGAGGAUGUCCUUGCUUAUGUGUUUGACAUCGUGUGGAGCAAGGUUGUGGGCUGUAUGGAGCAGUUGACACGUAGUCACUGGGAGGGUUUUGCUUCUGAUGAUGAGAGUAAUGCUGCAAUAACCAGACCGGAUUCAGAGAGUCCCUGUGUGCUGAGUGAACCACACCCUUUGGUAUUGCCGAGAGUGCCACAAUCUAAGGUGCUGUCCAUCACCUCAAAUCCGAUGAAUCUCUGUCAAGCAAGUGGUCAUCAGCCAAAUGUGAAUGGUCUCUUGGUUCAUGGGAUGCCUCUACAGCCAAGAAAUCUCUCCCUAAUGGACAAGCUCCUAGAUCUUGAUGACAAGCUACUUAUGAGGCCUGGAUCCAGUACCAUUCUUUCAACCCGAAACUGGCAAAAUCGAACCAUGGAGUUUAGUACAUCAUGUAUGUCAUAUACAGUGCAGUCAGCCAGGAGACGCAAUCCCCCACCACGUACCCUUCAUCCGAUCAGCACAAGCCAUUCACGUGCUGGAACGCCAAGACCUGUGGAAGAAAUCCUCAGAGGAUCCCGAAUGCCAGUGGCAGCUGACUCCCUCUCCUCUCCCUCACCAAUGCCCCUGAGUCGAAAUAAUCUGCUGCCACCUAUUGGCACAGCUGAAGUUGAACAGCUGAGCACUGUGGGGCCACAAAAGCAAACGAAACCCCACAGUGAUUCCAGUCGAGCUCGAAGUGCAGUGGUGGAUGAGCCCAACCAUCAGCAGCCCCAGGAGAGGCUCCUUUUACCUGACUUUUUCUCCAGGCCCAACACAACUCAGUCAUUUUUGCUGGAUACACAGCAUCAUCGUUCAUAUGCAGCUGAGUAUCCUCAUCAGGCCCGACCUGGUAGGGAAUCUACAGGUACAGGUCCUCAGUUACAUGGGUCUACAAAAUCUCAAAGCAGAGGUCGACCAGUCUCUAGAACCAGACAGGGACCAUAGGGUAAUGAGAAGAACCUAUUUAGGCUGAAGGGAACAUGAGGGAAGAUCU